GUGUGCGCGCACGUGUGUGUGUGUGUGUGUCUGCGUGAGUGAGUGAGUGUGUGUGCGCGCUGGUGUGAUCUGCCUGCACGCUGGGGCUGCGUUUCCCAAGAAAAAAGCUCAGCUCUCUCAGUUUUCCUGCGCGUCUUAUUGCAGCUCUCAUUGUCUUUGUCGACAGUGAUAAAGAGAGCAGUUUCAACCGGGGGCCUGUUUUUGGAAUAAAGAAAAGCAUUGCUGUUUUCUGACUUUGAGGGAAGAAAGGAAGGGACUCCUCUGGAAUUUCCUAAGGAAUUUAUAUCGGACAGCUCCGUUACCGGGGCUUUGCAUUCUACCGCCUGGGUAUAUAAUGUGACCAACUAUUCCACACUAGGGAGAUUCUGAGGAGUUCUCUUCUUUCAUCACUCUGGUCCGGAGAAGCAAUCGCAAUUGAUUAUUCCAAACGGGUGGGGUCAAAGGGGGGAUUCUUGUCGGUGGCGUGUCGGCGAGGUAAAAUAGCAUCGGGCAGCAUGUUGGCACCUGCAUGAAAACAAAAGUGGAGCCUCAUUACUUGUCCUCUUUCCUGAGACGUCAACCACAGGAUGAGGCCUGCGGCAGGUCUCAGGGGAGAGAAUGUUCCAUGACUUUCACACCUUCGACCUCAAGCUCUUGAACUAUUGGGAAGAUUGCUUGAGUGCUGAAAGGCUGUGAAUACCCUGCAUCUGAGAAAUCAGACCAGACUGACUCACAGGACUCUGUGAGCCAGUGCCACCGAGGCUGCCAAAGCAUGCUGGUGCCAAGCUGUCCCACCAUGCACAGAGCCAGACCCACGCUGCUGCUGCCGCUGCUGCUUGUCCUGGGUCUGCUCCUCCACCUCGCCGACGCUCAAACACCACCAAAGUUUUUAAGAACCCCCAAUGACCAAACAGGCGUGCAGGGAGGCGUGGCGUCCUUCAUCUGCCAAGCUACAGGAGAUCCACGGCCCAAGAUUGUGUGGAACAAGAAGGGGAAGAAAGUCAGCAACCAGAGAUUUGAGGUAGUGAUUGAGUUCGACGAUGGCUCUGGUUCAGUGCUCAGAAUUCAGCCACUGCGCACGCCCCGAGAUGAAGCCAUAUACGAAUGCGUCGCCUCCAACAGUGUUGGAGAGACGAGCGCUACCACCAAACUCACUGUUUUACGUGAGGACCAGCUGCCCCCUGGGUUCCCCACCAUAGACAUGGGCCCACAGUUGAAAGUGGUGGAGCGAACACGCACUGCCACCAUGCUCUGUGCCGCCAGCGGCAACCCCGACCCUGACAUCUCCUGGUUCAAAGACUUCCUCCCCGUCAACACCACCAACAACAAUGGACGCAUUAAACAGCUCAGAUCAGAAUCCUUUGGUGGUACACCAAUAAGAGGAGCCCUCCAGAUAGAGCAGAGCGAAGAGUCCGACCAGGGAAAGUAUGAAUGUGUGGCGACCAACAACGAUGGAACCCGCUACUCUGCGCCAGCAAAUCUAUACGUCAGAGAGCUGCGAGAAGUGCGCCGGGUGCCACCACGAUUCUCCAUUCCACCCACAGACAAUGAGAUCAUGCCGGGCGGUAGCGUCAACAUCACGUGCGUCGCAGUGGGCUCCCCUAUGCCAUAUGUCAAGUGGAUGCUGGGUGCUGAAGACCUCACACCAGAGGACGACAUGCCGAUUGGACGGAACGUUUUGGAGCUUACAGACGUGCGGCAGUCGGCCAACUACACAUGUGUGGCCAUGUCGACCCUGGGGGUGAUAGAGGCUGUGGCACAGAUAACAGUCAAAGCAUUGCCCAAGGCUCCUGGCAUUCCUGUGGUGACGGAGCGCACAGCCACCAGCAUAACGCUGACUUGGGACUCUGGCAAUCCUGAGCCGGUGUCCUACUACAUCAUCCAACACAAGUCCAAGUACUCGGAGGACUCGUACAAGGAGAUUGAUGGCGUGGCCACCACUCGGUACAGCGUGGGGGGCCUCAGCCCCUACUCCGACUACGAGUUUCGAGUGGUGGCAGUGAACAACAUCGGGCGGGGGCCACCCAGCGAGAGCAUCGAGGCCAAAACAGCUGAGCAGGCACCCAGCACGGCACCGAGGCAGGUCAGAGGUCACAUGCUGAGCACCACCACAGCUGUGAUUCACUGGGAUGAGCCGGAGGAGGCUAAUGGGCAGAUCAUGGGCUACAGAGUCUACUACACCAUGGACUCCGCCCAACAUGUCAACCUCUGGGAAAAGCAGAUUGUUCGGGGGUCUAACUUUGUCACCAUCCAGGGCCUCAUCCCCAACAAGACCUACUACAUCAAGGUCCUGGCCUACACCUCUGUUGGUGACGGACCCCUUUCUCCAGACCUUCAAAUCAUCGCUAAGACAGGAGUUCCCUCCCAACCGACCGACUUCAAGGGAGAAGCCAAAUCGGAAACGAGCAUUUUACUGUCAUGGGUCGCUCCGGCACAGACCGGACAGGAGAAUCAAAUCACAGGAUAUGAGCUCAUGUACAGGAAGAGGGACGACAGAGAGGAGAAGCGAAUCAGCUUUGAGCCGACCACAACAUACCUACUGAAGGACUUGAAGCCCUUCACUACUUAUACUUUCCGCUUGGCUGCCCGUAGUAAACAUGGGGUUGGAGCUUACACCAACGAGAUCUCGGCAGAAACUCCACAGACACAACCCUCAGGCCCGCCUCAGGACGUCAAGUGCCACAGCCCCAGCUCCACCAGCGUCCUGGUAAGUUGGCGGCCACCCCCAGUGGAAUUACAAAAUGGGAUCAUAACACAAUACAGUAUCCAAUAUACUGCGGCGGAAGGGGAGGACACGACGGCACGUCAAAUCCCCAGCAUCCCAGCGGAAAGCUCCCAGUACCUUUUGGAAAACUUGGAAAAAUGGACAGAGUACCACGUGACGGUCAUUGCUCACACGAAUGUCGGAGCGGGGCCGGAAAGUCUGCCACAGCUGGUCCGCACAGAGGAGGAUGUUCCUAGUGGGCCACCUCGUAAAGUUGAGGUGGAGGCUGUCAACUCCUCAUCAAUUAAAGUGAUCUGGCGCUCACCGAUGCCCACCAAGCAGCACGGUCAGAUUCGAGGGUACCAGGUGCACUAUGUCAGGAUGGUUAAUGGGGAGCCCACAGGACAGCCAGUCAUCAAGGACAUCCUGAUUGAUGAUGCCCAGUGGGAAUAUGAUGAUUCAACUGAACAUGAAAUGAUCAUCGCGGAGCUGCAGGCUGAGACCACGUAUUCAGUCACCGUUGCAGCCUACACCACAAAGGGUGAUGGUGCACGCAGCAAGCCCAAACUGAUCACAACCACUGGCGCAGUUCCUGACAAACCUCGGCUAAUGGUCAGCACCACCAACAUGGGCACGGCUCUCCUCCAGUGGCACCCCCCAGCAUUCACCCACGGGCCCCUUCAAGGCUAUCGCCUCCGUUUUGGUCGCAAAGACGUGGAUCCGCUGACUGUCAUUGAGUUCCCCGAGCGAGAGAACCACUACACUACCAAAGAGAUCCAUAAGGGAGCCUCGUACACUUUCCGCCUUUCCGCACGCAACAAGGUGGGCUUUGGCGAAGAGACAGUCAAAGAAGUCACCACAAAUGAGGAUGUCCCAAGCGGUUACCCUCAGAGCAUCACAGCUGAAGGUGCCACCACCUCCACUAUUCAGGUUAGCUGGCAUCCUGUUUUGCUGGCGGAGCAAAACGGCCAAAUAGUGAAAUAUGCUCUGCAGUAUAAGGACAUCAACAGCCCACGCAGUCCCUCAGAGCUCUUCAUCACCGCCCCGGAAUCAACAGUCAUCCUGGAUGGCCUUAAGGCAGAUACCACUUAUGAUAUUAAAAUGUGUGCCUUCACCAGCAAGGGCUCUGGUCCCUAUAGCCCAAGUGUCCAAUUCAGGACACAGCCUUUGGAUCAAGCAGUGUUCGCAAAAAAUUUCCAUGUGAAAGCUGCCAUGAAGACAUCAGUGUGGUUGACCUGGGAAAUCCCAGACACCUACAACCCGGCUCAACCCUUCACUAUUCUCUACGACAACGGCCAGAGCGUGGAGGUGGACGGGAAGCUGACGCAAAAGCUAAUCACGGGUCUUCAACCUGAGACGCAGUACUCCUUCCUUCUGACCAACCGUGGCAACAGCGCCGGAGGUCUGCAGCACCGCGUGUCCACCAUGACGGCCCCAGACAUCCUUCGCACCAAGCCAUACCUGAUCGGCAAGACCAACUCAGACGGUAUGGUGACUGUGGAGCUGCCGUCGGUGCAAACAUCUGAGAGAGUGAGGGGAUAUUUCAUUGUGGUGGUUCCUCUGAAAAAACAGCGAACGGGGAAGUUCUUCAAACCCUGGGACAAUCCCGAUGAGAUGAAUCUGGAGGAGCUGCUGAAGGAGAUAAACCGAACUAGCAGAGGCCUCCGGUUCCAGAGGCAGGCUGAACCCAAAGCCUAUAUCGCUGCCUACUUCAAAGACCUGCCGAAAGACUUCACCCUGGGAGAUGGCAAGAUCUACGGGGACUUUGAAAACAAGCAACUCCAGAAUGGUCAGGAGUACAUCUUCUUUGUGCUCGCUGUUCUGGAAAUGUCUGAAAACAUCAUGUAUGCCACCAGCCCGUACUCUGACCCGGUUGUUUCGGCCGACACUGACCCCCAGCCAAUCAUCGAUGAGGAGGAAGGGCUCAUCUGGGUCGUGGGCCCUGUGCUCGCGGUCGUCUUCAUCAUAUGCAUCGUCAUUGCCAUCCUCCUCUACAAGAGCAAACCAGACAGAAAAAGAGCAGAAUCUGAAGCUAGAAAAGGCAGUCUCCCCAACAGCAAGGAAAUGCCACUGCAUCAUCCCACUGAUCCUGUGGAGCUGCGACGUCUCAACUUCCAAACACCCGGCAUGGCAAGCCACCCUCCGAUCCCCGUCAUGGACCUGGCAGAUCAUCAGGAGCGCCUGAAAGCCAACGACAAUCUCAAGUUUUCACAGGAAUAUGAGUCCAUCGACCCCGGUCAGCAGUUCACGUGGGAGCACUCUAACCUGGAGGUGAACAAACCAAAGAACAGAUAUGCCAACGUGAUCGCGUACGACCAUUCCCGAGUCCUGCUCUCCGCUAUCGACGGGAUCCCAGGAAGUGACUACAUCAAUGCCAACUACAUCGAUGGCUACAGAAAGCAGAAUGCCUACAUCGCCACCCAGGGAUCUCUGCCAGAGACAUUUGGCGACUUCUGGAGGAUGAUCUGGGAGCAGCGGAGUGCCAUCAUCGUAAUGAUGACCAAACUGGAGGAGAGGUCCAGGGUGAAAUGUGACCAGUACUGGCCCACGAGAGCGACAGAAACCUACGGCCUCAUCCAAGUGACGCUGUUAGACACAGUAGAGCUGGCGACAUACUGUGUCAGGACAUUUGCACUUUUUAAAAACGGCUCCAGUGAGAAGAGAGAGGUGAGGCAGUUCCAAUUCACAGCCUGGCCAGACCACGGGGUACCGGAGCACCCCACCCCAUUCCUGGCCUUCCUGAGACGGGUGAAAGCCUGCAAUCCUCCAGAUGCGGGGCCCAUGGUGGUACACUGCAGCGCUGGGGUGGGUCGCACAGGUUGCUUCAUCGUGAUUGAUGCCAUGAUGGAACGUAUCAAGCACGAGAAGACUGUGGACAUCUAUGGACACGUAACGCUAAUGCGUGCCCAGCGCAACUACAUGGUGCAGACAGAGGACCAGUAUGUCUUCAUACACGACGCGCUCCAGGAGGCCGUCAACUGCGGCACCACAGAAGUGCCCGCCAGAAACCUCUACGCGUACAUCCAGAAGCUGACGCAGAUAGAGGGCGGGGAGAAUGUCACUGGCAUGGAACUUGAGUUCAAGCGUUUAGCCAACACUAAAGCCCAUACAUCACGAUUCAUCAGUGCCAACCUCCCGUGCAACAAGUUUAAGAACCGCCUUGUUAACAUAAUGCCAUACGAGUCCACGCGAGUGUGUCUUCAGCCCAUUCGAGGAGUUGAGGGCUCCGACUACAUCAAUGCCAGUUUCAUUGAUGGGUACAGGCAACAGAAAGCCUACAUUGCCACGCAAGGACCAUUGGCAGAGACCACAGAGGACUUCUGGAGAAUGCUCUGGGAACACAACUCUACUAUCGUCGUAAUGCUAACCAAGCUUCGAGAAAUGGGCAGGGAAAAAUGCCACCAGUACUGGCCAGCAGAAAGGUCGGCCAGAUACCAGUACUUUGUGGUGGACCCCAUGGCCGAGUACAACAUGCCCCAGUAUAUCCUGAGAGAGUUCAAAGUGACUGAUGCCAGGGAUGGACAGUCACGGACAGUAAGGCAGUUUCAGUUCACAGACUGGCCUGAACAAGGAGUGCCAAAAUCAGGAGAGGGCUUCAUCGAUUUCAUCGGCCAAGUACAUAAAACAAAAGAGCAGUUUGGCCAAGAUGGGCCUAUUUCAGUCCACUGUAGCGCGGGUGUUGGCAGAACUGGAGUUUUCAUCACCCUCAGCAUUGUCUUGGAAAGAAUGAGAUACGAGGGCGUAGUAGAUAUUUUUCAGACAGUGAAAAUGUUGCGGACACAGAGACCAGCUAUGGUGCAGACAGAGGAUCAAUACCAGUUCUGCUACAGAGCUGGCUUGGAGUACCUGGGAAGCUUUGAUCACUAUGCAACGUAAAAGACCCAGUAUCGGAAGAAAAAAAAAGCAGAGGGCCCUUUGGAACGAAAAACCCAGCGAGCCUCUCUUCUGAGCCAUAAAUUCCUGCUUGAGAAAGUACUCCUUAACUCCUUGCUAACAACUCAUUACGUGUUGGAUGUGCGACAUGACUCGUCAAAAAAUGAAAAAGAUGAUUCCUGGAGGACCAAGUAUUUCCCCAAACCCCACGAAAACCUCACCUUGAGUCAAAGUGAGGGAAUCCUGACUGAUGAAGCAUCAUACGGAAUUACCUUUUUUUUUUCUUUUUUCUUUUGCUUCAAGGAUUCAUUUUUUGGGGGGGGGGCUCAUAAAACUGAAUGAAACCAACACAACAAAAAAGUAUAUGAACAAUAAUGACAUCGUCAGAAAUGCAUCAGUGAUUAUGAACCGAUACGAGAGGCAUUGGAGGCACACAGAAUCGCGGGGGGGGAAAAACUCGAUGCACAUUGUAAAGAAAAAAAAAAUCUGUUUCACAAUCAAGUACACACAAAGACAACCCAUCGAAAAAGAAGACAAUGCUUGGUCCACAACAGCAGGACUCACUCAAAGUAAUAAUGAAUUAAUACUCCUUCUCCUGUCACAAUGUUCAUCAUCAAAAUUUUGGAAGAGGGGGGACAUCAAAUGAUCUAUG